AUGACCAGAUGGUUCUUAUUCUCCUCAGUUAAGAAUACAUAUACAGAAGAGAGAAAAUACAAAACUAUGAUGAAAAUAGACAGAGCAUAUGCAGAUUGGAAAGAAGGAGGCAUAAAAUUAUGGGAUAUAGAACUAAGACAUAUAGCAUUCAAAAUCUGGUACAUGAACAGGCUACUCCAUAACAACUACAACAACAACAACAAUACCUUACAAGAAUGGUACACGGAGCAAUUAAGUAGAAAAAAAGCCCACACUUCAACCCUCAACGAUAUGUGCAGACACUGGGGUGUAUUCAGAGUCAAAUUUUACCAAAACCAUCCAAAGAUAAAUGAACUUCCAGACUGUAUAAGAAACGACAAUGACGAACCACUAAAACUGAAAGAAAUUUACGAACUCAUGAUCAAAGACAGACACCCAACACCAAGAAGAACAGAAUGGCAGAAGUUAUGGGCGGUGAGAUACAACACAGCAAUACCCAAAGUAUUCAUAAACAUCAACAGCAUUUCUCACCAAAAAGGUAGAAACACCCUCUUCAGAUUCUUCUCAAGAUCACUUCCAGGUAUCAACCACGAAAGAGACACCAGAUGCAAGAUCUGUGGCCACCUAUUCAGAGACCCUUAUUCUCACCUCUUCACUCUAUGCCAAGAUAUCCUAGAUAUUGAAAAAACCAUCAUAUCAACAGUUAACAAAUUAUCAUUCAUCAAAAUCCACAGAUGGUCGAUGGAUACCUUAGACAUAUCAAAAUACAACAGAACUGAGAGAAUCUUCCCCAAUCUCAUAGGAAUAAUAGCACACCAAUUAUGGAAGAUAAUCUGUCACAAAUUGUUCAACACUGAUGAAAGCAAACCAGAGCCAAAAUUCGAACAAAAGGUCAUAGAAACAGAAUAA